AUGCCAGAUACACCUGCAGCCUCAGCUUCAGCGCCCAAGCCCACCACGCGCGGACGCGGCGCACCCAGACCUCGCGGCGGCAUCCAGCGGAAAUCCAAAGCCGAACGAGAGCAAUUCGCCAAAGAAGAAGCUGAGCGUCAGAAAGCGCGCGCUGCCGAACAUGAAGCCUCGACGCGGGGCGCGAGGGCGGGAAGCAGGGCAGUGAAUCGUGGACGAGGCGGCGGCGCUACACCAGGUCAGCGACAAGGUCCGGCGGCAGGUAGUGGAGGUGUCUUUGGUGGUGGCGGCGGCGGUAUCACAACCACGCAGUCGAGGCACAAGUAUGAGGGGUAUGCUGAGUUAUUGGAGGGUGGAGUGAACAGACGUGGUCCCGAGGAUGGCCUGCCAGGAGACGGUGAUGCCGGAGGUGCCGCAGGAGCAAGCAAAAGAAGUGGUGGUGCAGGCGCAGGCGGAUCCAGAGGCGGGGGUGGUGGUGGUGGUGGCGGUGCUAGAGCGCCAACAGCAGGAGAAACGGUAGAGACAACUACAGAUGACGAACGCGACGAUGGACCGAAACGAGACAUCGAGCGCAUUUGGAUCUCGAGUGACGAGGACGAACACGAACACGAACACGAAGCCGACGAUGCCGUCAUGUCGAGUUCAGGAAAGGGCAAGCAGAAAGUCACCGCCACCAAUGGCGCAUCAAAGUCGUCACGAUAUAGGGCAGGCCUACGACCAGUCCGCGCACCUCGGAUGCAGAGAGACGAGGAGGACCAAACCGGGCGAGAUCGCAGUGGAGUAGGCCGGAAACGUCCACCUCCAAGCAAGAAACCAGACGUGGGACCCCAGGAGAUAUCCUCAGAUGAACACAGAGAAAGAGACGGCGACGGGGACGGGGGCGUAGAAAUGGACAUGGAUAUGGACAUGGGCAUGGACAUCGACAGAGAUGACUCGGUCCACUUCAUCAAAGAACAGCCCUCGAGUCCGGACCUGCGCAAGCGAGCGCUCAAGAAACAGCCCGGCGGCGUGCCACACAGGCACCAUGGGCCCCUAAAAGCUUUCGCCAACGAAACGCUCGAAGACCGAGCCGAGCGCCUGCGCAUGCAAGACGACGUCGACAAGCUGCACCAUAUCUUCGUUCCCAGGAACGAUAACAGUACCAAUGGGGAUGUUGACCACGAGCCCUCGAAUCUCCACGACGGAAAACUCCUCCUCUUCCAACUUCCCCCCUUGACGCCCUUUCUGAUCGACCCGGGCGCUUUUGCGGACUCGGAACCAAAAUUCAAGACCGAGCCCUCGACGGCCACCAACGGCACCGUCGACCUCGAUACCCUCCCUGACGCCGCGCCUCCCACGACAGAGACGGACGGACCCGUGAAACAGGAUCCGGACCGCAACGUACUCGAAGACAAGUCCGCUUCCCGAAACAAGAACCAGGAUCAACUACUGCCCGGCGCCGACGGCCUCCUCACGGCAACAGCACCCCUGGAAGGUCGUCUACCCGCCGGUGUGGUGGGCAAGUUGCAAGUCCACAGGUCCGGCAAAGUCACGCUAGACUGGGGCGGGACGGACAUGGAAGUCAAGCUUGGGAGUGAGGUGGAUUUCCUGCAGGAUGUGGUGCUCGUGGAGCGGGGUGGCAGUAAUGGGGAUGGAGAUGUGGCCCAAGAUGAUGAACAUGAACACGCAGAUAGUGGUGGUGCUGGUGGUGCGGCGGGAGGAGGCAAAAAAGACAAAGACACCAAAGGAGCGGGCAAAGCGUACGCUCUCGGCCACGUGAGGCACAAGAUGAUCUUGAUCCCGGACUGGGCCAAGUUGUAUGAUUGA